AUGGUUCUUCAACAAUCGGUAGGUUGGGCGUCGUCAAAGGCCGUCGUCGGCGUCUGGCUCGACCGGGGAGAGAGGAGAGCGAAGGAUCACAGCGGGUAUACCCUAGAACAAGAACAAAGUGUUCUUGUGUUCUUGGCUAAAAUCGAUCUGGCCCUCUAUGUUGAUGAGGCAGCAUCUGAGCUUAUAAAGGCUAAUUUGGAGCCAACUCUUGAACAAUACAAACCAAUGGUGUUGUCCUAUUUGUCAUUUUUCAAGUUUACCCUCGGCACGGUGGCCCCUCAGUUUACAGGAGUUUCUACUGUUGAAGAUAGAGGUGAAGAAAUAACUGUGGAGUUGGAAAUGAAUUGGGAUGGAAACCCUAGUAUAAUACUCGAUAUCAAGACUAGACUAGGAGUUGGAUUGUCUGUGCAGGUGAAGAAUAUUGCAUUCAUUAGGGUUUCUAGGUUGAUUUUUAAGUAA